UUUAUGUAGUUGACAUUAUUUGAUUGGGGGGCCGAAUUCACAUAGAUGACUCCACCUCAACCACGACGAGACAAAGUGCUGGACUUUGGCGCGAUUCACUUAUUCCGUAAUUAGGUCCCGUUAACCUUCACGGUUCUCUCUCGGGUGCCCACAUUAAUGAGGCUGAUGCGAUGCAUUGUAACGCCUAAUUAGAUUUCUGAAGCGCAGGCUUGCCAUCUAGUGGCAUCAAGCCAAAUGGCGAACGAAGAACAAUCCGUCCCGACGGACAUAGAGAAAACCAGCGAAAUCGUUCUAACAGACCGGGGAAGCAUAGUUGGACCCCCGCAGACCCUGGAAGUGAAGCCCCUGCAACGUCAAAAGUGGGGUUCCAAGGUCGAGUUUCUCAUGUCCUCCAUCUCGUAUGCAGUCGGUUUUGGCAACAUUUGGCGGUUUCCGUACCUGGUGUACCGUUACGGCGGUGGUACCUUUCUGGUGCCGUACACCUUUUUCGUGGUCACGGUAGCGAUGCCGUUGAUGCUGCUCGAGUCAUCGGCUGCCCAAUAUGCCGGACUGGGGCCAUUUCACUUGUACACUGCCAUGUGUCCUGCUUUUCGGGGUCUGGGUUACAUGUCGAUCUACAUCUCCUACGUGAACACGGCCCAGUAUGCACUCAUUUUAAGUUAUGUGGUGCGAUACACAAUCGAUUCCUUCAACAUGGACCUUCCUUGGUCAGUUUGUUACCCGGACAGUGGGCCUGGUUGCGUAGGAAAAUGUUCCGAGAAACUGGAUGGACAAAAUUACGUUAUCUUUGAUAAGCAGUGUCACCUAGCCAGUGAAUCUUGCACUCAGAAAAUGGGAGGAGAACUGGGUUGUGCAGAUGGGAAUGGCACAAGUCUCACGAUACAAGAUCCCGCGUUCAGUUACUUUUAUGACAAAGUUGCAGAUAUUCGGUUGGAUAAUGAAAAAAUCGCGUCGUGGGACGACUAUGGCCAUUUUGUACCAGAGGGGAUGGGCUGUCUCAUGCUGUCAUACAUUAUGUGUCUCCUGUGUCUUAGACAAGGUGUAUCGACAUCCGGAAAAGUCGUUUAUUUCACGGCUUUGUUCCCAUACGUUGUUCUCACACUGCUGCUGAUCAAAGCAGCAACUUUGCAGGGCUUCACCGAAGGCGUCAAAUUCUACCUGAAGCCAGACUUAUCUGCCCUCAUCGAUUUUGAAGUUUGGUAUCAAGCAUUGAGUCAAAUCUUUUUUUCUUUGGGGAUUGGAUUCGGAGGUCUGAUGACAUUAUCCAGUUACAACACGUUCGACACUCCUUGCAUUAAACUCGCUGCCGCUGUCACAAUCGCCAACUGCGCCACGUCAAUUUACGCAGGAUUCGUGAUCUUCGGGUCGCUCGGGUACAUCGCACAAACGACUGGACAAGCCAUCGACAAGGUAGCCGGUUCCGGAAUAAACUUGACGUUCGUGACGUUCGCCACAACCCUGACGCUCCUGCCUGCUGCCCCGUUCUGGUCCUUCAUGUUCUUCUUCAUGCUCAUCACGGUGGGCCUUGGGACCCAGAUGGCGGACCUGUCCACGCAGAUCACGGCGCUGUUGGAUCAAUUCCCGUGGUCCAGGCGCCGCAAGAUGCUCACCACCACCGUUGUUUGCACACUCGGGUUCUGCGGCGCCUGCACCAUGUCCUUUCAAGGCGGAAUAUGGCUGAACGUUCUGCUGAAUGACUAUGCCGCCACGGCGCCGAUUUUGCUCCUCACCCUCGGUAACCUGGCGGCUCUGGUUGGAUUUUACGGGUUUCCAAACCUUAUGAAUAACAUAGAGGAGAUGGUUGGGAAGCUGAACAAGGUGGGCUAUUGGUAUCUGAGGAUCACAUGGUCUCUUCUGGCUCCAAUCUUCGUCCUGGUCUUGGUCAUCUACUUCUUCGUGUCUUUUCCUGGAAGCCAAUACGAGAAACCUGCGGAACCCGGGUUUUUCCCUUCCUGGGUUCAAGGCAUUGGAAUCGUCAUGUGUAUUAUUCCAGUGAUUCUUUUUCUGAUUGGGGUCACGUUGACUUACUUCGUCGCCGGCGGGAGGGACGACGACGACGACGACGUCGACAUAUGUACAGGGUCGCCGCUCGAAGGUGGAGCCGGGGCUCCCGGCCCGUCGAGCCCUGACAAAGGGCUUGCCGGACGUCAUUGA